UCUUAGAGUUUCAUUAGACAAUUGGUCCAUUGUUUUUUUCCCGUUUCGCGGCGUUCUUUAGUUUAAAUUCAAGAUAGUUGAAGAUGGUUUAUAGAUUAUCCAUCGUUAAUCUAUCGUUUUAGUACGGUUUUAGGUUUUAGUCUAUGAAAGACUAUGUAUGACAUGCUUGUUGCCCAUGACACCAGCUGGAGGUAAACUUUAAAGAGCAACCAUUCAAAGCAAAUUUUAGGUGAUUACUAAGAGUAGGAAUGGAUUCUGAUGUGAUUAGAAUGGAGGAAUAUAUGGAUGUUGUCUAUAGCUGUAAAUUCUGUCCAGUCACAUGCAAGCUACCUACGGAUAUGGGAGCACAUGUUAGAGAAAAUCAUUUGCCGCUCCUGUUAGCAGCUCAAGGUAGUCCAUCUAUCAGAAACAAAGAGGAGUCUAAUGCAUCAAAUUCACCAUUGACCUUAACAUUAGAUGGUUCUGCCUCAAUGGCCGCUAUUAAUUCUGGAAACAGCAGAAUAAAUGCAAAUAGUUCUAGCAGUAACAGCAGUAACUUUAACAUGCAGGAAUCAGAGGAUGUUUUAGGAUUUUCAGCUGAUGGUCACACGUUCAUGGACAAAGGUUUGAGUGCUGUAUCUUUUGCCCCUUUGGCUGUUCCAGUAUCCCAAGGGGAACAGAUUAACCUGAGCAACAACUCAACUCCAGAUCUGACAGAGCUGAUUAACUUGGUCAAACCCUCAGACAGCAGCAGCAGAAACCUUGUUCCUUCAGAAGGCCACUUCUCCACUGGAGGCCCCUCACAGUACCAUGCCAGCAUUAGUAAUCACAUGCCAGUGGUCAGCAUGAGCAGUGGUGACCAUGUUUCAAGUAGUGACAUCAACAAAGCUUCCGUCAUUCAGCUACAUUCUAGUUCAUCACAGAUGUCACCCAUGUCACAAUCUUACAACACUGCAGAGUUAGAUGCUUUGAAUGUGUCACAACCAUAUACAGUCAUGGCUAUACACUUGCCUAAUUUAGCUAUGAAUGGAACUAACUCAGUUCCUCAGUAUAUCAUGAACACCCCUGAAGCAGAUUCUGUCAACAUUCCAGAUCAUACCGAAACUAAGGAGUUUCUGCUGUGUGGAUUGUGUCGGCUUGCAUUUAACACCAUGGAGGAAUGCCAAGCCCACAUGCAGCUAGAACACAAAGAACUGAUGCAAGGGAGUGGGGUUAGCAUUGGUGUACAGGCAGGUGGUGCCAAGCGAGGUAGAAAACGCAAGUCUGAGCAGCAGCUGAAGAUAAAAACUGAGUUCCUUGAUUCUGAAGACCUUGAGUGGUUGCCCAGUGUAUCUGACAACAGUAGAACUGCUCACGCUGAUGGUAGCAUGCGACGCAAGGUCAAGCCUCCACGUGCUUUGAAAGAGGACUAUGUUCUUGGAAAACGUCCUAGAAAGCGAAUCAGAGAAUCAUGUGUAAACUUGGGUUAUAAAAUUGUCUGCCCCAUGAUGAAUUGCAAGGCUAAGUUUAAAACUGAUCUUGGUUUACACAUUCAUAUGUCUUGUCACAAUAUGGAUGACACUGCCUUUACCUGUAUGAAAUGCCAAACUCACCAUGAAUUCUGGAAACACUUGAGGAUACAUUUAUGGAGACAGCACAAGGUUGAUUGUGAUCUGUUUAAAUGUGAACAGUGUGAUUAUAAGACUGAUACCCAUCAUAAAUUAAGCAUUCAUAAGGAGAUUCACACCAAUGUUAAGCCCUACACUUGUGAUGCUUGUGGUAAAGGCUUCAGACAAGCCUCCCAGAUGAAAAAUCACCAAGUGAUUCACGCAGAUCGUGGGGAAAAGUCCGGAGCCAGGGGUUGGUUCUCAUCUAAGUCAUGUGAUGUUUGUGAUCGUGUUUUUGCUAACAGCAAGUGCUUGAAGAAACAUAAAGAAGCAGUACACACAUCACAUAAACCAUUUGAGUGCAUGUACUGUAACCACACAACAGCAAGGAAAGCAAUGAUGGAGUUGCAUAUCAGAACACACACAGGGGAAAAACCUUUUAAGUGUGAUAUAUGCACAUACAGCACUGGUGAUCACAACUCUAUGAGACGCCAUAAGAUGCGGCACACUGGUCAGAAACAGUACAGGUGUACACAGUGUCCUUACACAUGUAUCCAGAGUAUUUCCUUAAAGCAGCACAUGAGACACAAGCACCCAGGGACCUCAGCUGGAAUAUUCCAGUGCUCACGAUGUCCUUUCCGCACAAUCAAUCAGGGAAUCUAUGGCAAUCAUAUGCAGGACCAUAAAAAAGGCUUAAUACCUGAUAAGCUGAUACCUCCUAGAUUAGAAUUACCUAAAAGUAAAAAGUUAAACCACAGAUCUCAGAGUGGAAAGCGUCAAGCAGCAGGACAAACCUUGGUUGAACCAUUGCUAAUAAAACACCCGCAGUUCCAUGCUGUUUUACCAGGCAGUGAACCAACAUCAUUGACAAACAUUAGUGGAGAUGCUAUAGGGGGACUGAAUGCUGCUAACAAUGAAGCCUCACAAACUGAAGUUUUUACAAUGCAGGUGACAAUGUUGCCAGAGGGGGACACCCAGAUCAGCGCUGAUGACAUGACAAGACUGUCAGAGAGCACAGGUCUUCUUGCUACAGGAGUUUCACCCCUUCAGCUCAUCUACGCAACACUUUCAACAAUAUCAGAACAAGGGGAGCUUGCCAGGGUUGGAGAGGGCAGGUCAGCUUUGUUAACUGCUGAACUGAUUGGGGGAAUUCAUACUGCAGUUCUUAGUUCCAUGCAGGACGGUGUGACUGUUCAUUCAAUAUCAUACCAUCUCCCUAAGGUUUUAACCACAAAUGAAAUGAGCGGACAGAUCAAACUAGACGGUGGUUUGAUUAAGACCAUAAAAGUAGAAAACACGGAUGAAGCAUUUCCAAAAGAUGAAUCAGGUUCAAACCCUGUGGUUUUACCCCACAGUUCCAACCAUGUUGAUUUAUCCCAUCUGGUUGAGAGUGCUGAUGACAAGUGUGACGAAAUAUUUUUCAUUGGGAACUCUGAAACCAGGACGGACAGUGUUGUUGUCACUGAUCAAAGUGUCACCAAUGAAAAGCUCAAGAAAUCCCAGAAGAACAGAGUUGAGAAGAUUCUGGGUUCUAGUGCACUCAGGGAGAUGUUAGAGUCUAGAGAGAAGUUGACUGUCCUCAACACAGAAAAUGGGGAAGUGAACUUCCUAACUGUUGAUUUUCUUGAGCCCCAACCCAUAAGUUCAACUUCCCAAGUUUUUAGCUCCAGUGAAGACAGCUAGCGUUGUGAGAGUAAUGUGAUAGUAACAUUUUUUUUACAAAUGUUUUAUUUAUAAUUAUCUGGUUCUUCAGUAUUAAUUCAAGACAUGCUCUGUUGGUACACACUUGAUUAGUUGUUUUCAAACAACUUAAAUAUUUAUUUCUUGAAACAAUGGAAUCUCAAUCUACUGCAUAUCAUUUUGCAAAAGCCAGUGGUGUUCAUAUUAAAAAAAAAAUUCUUUUUAAUUUUGCUUUAUUAAAAAUUAAAUUUGUUGCUAAUGUUACUGUUAAAUAAAAUUUUAAGAAAAUCUUGAGCUUUAUUUUACUUUUAAAAUAAGAAACCAGCAGGCAAGAGAGCUCUUGUGUUUGAGUUAUUUUAAAUAAAACAAGAUCAGUGAGAUAAUGUGUCUAUCAUUUUUUCAACACACUGAAAAUAAUAGAUAAAACAAUCUUGUUAGUAAAAGCAACACUAUCUAAAAUUUCGAAGAGAUUUCAUGAGCGACCAAUACUUUUAAUUUAGAGAAUGUUUUUAUUUUCAGUGCUUUUAAAAACUUCUAGAUCAGGGGUUCCCAACCUUUUUUUACUCUAGAGCACAUUCUAAAAUAUCGGUAGGGUGGCGGGCACCACCUAUUUAAAAUCGACAAACUCCUUCCAUAACUUGUCAUUUUCCCAUAAUUUAUUUUCUUAUAGUAAUAAUGUAUUAAAAAAUAAUAAACAAAAAUGUUUCAAAAUAAUAAAAUUAUUUGGUAUUUUUUUCAAAUUGCAUACACACAGAGAAAUGUAUUUACAAAACAUAAAUAAUGCAGUCAAGUUGGGACUAGUAUUGAAUAUAUUUAAUAAACCUAGGCAGUCAAAAAAAAAAAUUAAAACUAACAAAUUAAUUAAAAUAAAUCAUAUUUUAAAAUAAUGUUUAUGAAAAAAAUUCUGUCUCUGUCGAAUAGUGAGAGGCGGGCACAUACGAAUCGUUCGUUUGGGAACCCCUGAUCUAGAUUGUUUAUUGAUAAAAAAAUGUAGUUGCUUUAAAUUUAAGACAUAAAUACAGCUCAUCUGUAUGACAAAAUACAUUUGUUACAAUAUAUAUUGUGACCCAUUUGUAGUAGACUAUAACUAAUAGUAAUCUUCUUGUUGAAUUUUGAAGAUUAUUUAUCAGGUUUGUAUUUUAAAAAAGCUGUCAUUAGAGAUAAAUGUCUCUAAAAACUCAAAAUGCAAUUGCCAUUAGAAGUGUAUCAAAACUGAGAUGUGCCACUAAACCAGACAGACAUUGUGAACUAAGUACUAAAUGUAA